AGGUAAAAUAGUAGCAGAAAUCAAGGCUGCUCAGUGAUGGCCGAUGAGGCAGAUGAUGGGGCCAUCCCAACUAUUGAAAUUUCGGAUACCACGAAUGAGAGCUUAAAUUCGAGUGAAAACAUCAAUGCUUCGAUAGUGAGCUUGGAUGAUUCGCAAAGGACAUCAGUGGGUGUUGCUGAGCGGCAGUCCCCUAGAAGUGGAGAAACAUGCUCGAUAUGUUUAGAUGUUCUCCGGAACCUGGCUGUAUGUGACCCAUGUUUUCACUCAUUCUGCUAUCCUUGCAUCAAUGAAUGGUCUCGUAUAAAUAAUAUUUGUCCUCUGUGUAAGUCGCCGUUCGAUAAAAUCCACCAUGACAUAAAAUCUAAUCGAGAUUUUAAAAUUGAACAUGUGCAACCUGUUAAUCGGUUACUCGGAGAAGACAUGGGGUCCAUGCUUGCGCCAUUCACGCGACAAUCCCUUCAUCCACAUGAUAUACACGUGCCGUUUAUGAGUCCGUCGUUGAUGUUUAACCGACGAAGAAGUACAAACCACCCUCUCUUCUCAGUUCCCGAUACAGCUGGAUCCAGCUCCAGUGCUUUUUUCGCUCCAUUCACAGACCAGCAUUCCGGCUCGGUGCGAAUAACGACCCACACGCCCAAUAUCUCAAUUUCAGUUGGAUCUUUUCGCCCCAAUCAUCGGAGGCUCGUAGAUCCCUCAAGUUUGGUGGUUCCAAUAGAGCCUACUGCUGUUGUUUCGAGUAGUAGCGAUAGCUUUCCCGCGAGGAGUUCGACCAUUUCACAGUCAAUUUUUGACGCAAUCAAUAGUGUAGGUGCUGGAUCUAGUGCUGGCGUUGACAUGACGAUGUCUAACGUACCCGAUAUGUUGCGAGGUGUCACUGACCGGAGAAGGUUGACCCUCCAGGGACGCAGAUUGAUUUACCACCACGGAUUUAAAGUGCGACACUACAACUCGAACCAUUUCAGAGACAUCAGUCUCCAAUUUAUGCAGGAGAGACCGGCUAGCAUCACGAGAAUCAUGCAAUGGGCGAACCGCGAGUUGUCUGUUUUGGUGGACAAGAGGGAACUGAGCUCGACCCUCGGACAACUGUUGAGGCUUCUGAGAACAGUUGACAUCGACUCACGACAGUUUUACUCGGGCCUGGUUGGCAAGUUGGGAUCCCGAACUUCUCAUUUCAUCCACGAGUUGAAGUCUUUUGCGAGGAGUCCGUUUGCAGUCGAUGAGUACGAUAGACAUGCGAUGUAUGGAAUUGAUGGAGCUGCUGAAAAAAUUGCCACUGAGAUAACAAAUGAUGACAUAGAGCAGUGGAGUGCAGAAGAGAUUCAAGUGAUCAGCAGCACCUCUGGUGCGCUUGUGUCAUCACGAAGCACCUUCAGUUCCUCAUUCGCUCCGGCCUCGUCCUCGCACACAUGUGCAAGAGCACGGUCAAGUAUCACACCUCAGCUGAUUGUUCUAUCUGAUGACGAGGACGUAAUAGACCCCGUUCGUUCGACUAGCACCAACAAUAACUCAGAAAUGCUCCCGGGAACCAGUGCCGGAACGUCCUCGGGGUUAUCGGGAAGAAGAGAUAAUAGCCGCGCGUCCAAGUGGCGCCGCCAUGGGUCCAGAAGUACUCUUUCAGCGAGAGUUAUUUCGAGUGACGAGGAUGACAUCGAAACAGAUUUUGCAAAGAGGAUCAAAUCUGUGGCCAUUAACGCUGACGAAACUGGAGUAACUGUUAAGCGCGAUAGGUCACCGGUUCGGGGCUCGGGCAAGUUUAGAACUAGAAUUGGUAAGGCUAGAUCCAGUCGCACAUCGAAUAGCAGGUCACGUGAGUCGUCCAUGUCACAUUCGAGAGGGCAAACUACGACAAAUAUGGAGGAAAUUAGAAGUGCGACUAAACAGGAAAAUGUGGACGUCGUUCAGGAUUCGAAUAUGUUGACGUUGGACUCGACCGACAUUCAUCAGGUGAUGGAUGACAGUCUGACCUCGAGAGGAAUUGAAGCUGUGGUGACGAUGGGCCGAGUCUCUUCAGUUGUCGCAACCGAUAAUGUACCCAGACCGAGAGUGGAAGUCAAACAAGACGCUGAAGAUAAUGAAACUCAGGCCAUAUCUGCUGUGAAAUCAGAACACCAAGUAACAAGUACCUCGGAACUGAUCAAGACGGAGACGAAUGCUAAUGAUGACGUGACAAUGAGAACUGGUAUGAAGUCGGAAGUAUCGGCUAAGAUAGAAUCGAAGCCUAAUAUCACUUCAUCUGUGGAUCAGUCAGGAACGAGUAGUAGUCGCCAGAAUGAAGCGACUGGCGACACUUCGGUGCUAGAUUUAGACUGUGAGGAUAUGCAAGUCGUCUCAGCAGCUGGGAAUUUGGAUAAUAUCAAUGUGACUGGAAAUAGUGAUGACAUCGUGGCGUUGACUGAUGAUUUGAGGCCGAAGGCAAUAGUGCCAGACAUGUCUGAGUUUGCCGCAGCCGAAGUCAACGUAACAACUACUUCUGAUUUCCCAAUACAGGUGAGUGAAAGCGAAGAGGAUGCAAUUGUGUUCCUACGCGAGGAUCUCUACACUCCUCCACUUGUAGACUUGGUCGCCUCGGACAAUGAAACCACUGCAACCAUGCAAUUAGAAGAUACAUCACUGCCACAAACGAGCUCAAGAAGCGAAGACAAUUUGAUCUCUAUAGUUCGACCACCAAUACAACUCAGUGCUGUUAACUCCAUGAAGAACUGUGUGGAACAGCGCAAUGGCGGUAUAGACGUUGUCGGUACCAGCUACCAUCAUAGAAGUGGUGAUAGUUCGAGUAGUGACAGCUUUAAUGAUAUUUCAAGGCCAACUGCACCGAAGUUGCUGAAACAUUACACCAGUACAAGUUCAGCUAGUGAACAGGAAAGAGAGAAGACGAAUGGAAGAGAUAAGUGUAGAGUACGAAAGCGACUGAAGCGAAAGAGAAGACGCCAAUUGACGCAUUUGAGGUCUCACAAGCGAAGCACAAGUUACACACAAGAUGGAGAUAGUGCGUCUCCAAUUAAGAAAUUCAGAUGUGCGGCUACGAACCAGUUUGACGAUGACGAAGAGCGGGGGUUCGAACUGCCGAGUGUGACUAACUCGGAACCUGCACCGGCAACUUUUGGUCGGUUUUUCUCCUUUGGAGAUUCCAAUGGAGUGGGAACGAGUAAUGAAAAUUCACUGGACAACCCGAUAGAUCUAAGUAUGGAUCAAUCUGCCUCUACGUUGAAUCGCGAGGGACUUGUUGGGAACCAUCCUCUGUCGGGAAUUCUGAGCUAUAGUAACACCAAUGGCUACUCUUCUGAUUCAGAAGGCGAACAGGAGGCUUCAAUGAAUAUGAGAACUAGAUACCAUCCCUACAUUUAACCAUCAUCAAUGACUAAAAACUGUAUUUGAUUGUGUAAUCUCACUCAAGAUUGAGUUUUUGUUGAAGUAAGACGGAGGCCGAUCAGACAUUUAGAGACUCGAUUUUAUAUUUUUGUAACUUGUCGCUAAAAUCUACAAGUUUACCACCUCCGUGAAAAAAAAAUACAAAUUCAAAUAGGAAAGCGGGUUGCUGUGCAUGUAGCACAGAAUGUUCCGACCACAUUCAUAAAAAAAUACAAGAAAAAGUUUUUUUUCUUUCUUUUCUAUCGCUGUUUUUUGCGUUGGUGUGAUGAGAAAACUAGAAAGUAUAAAAAUAGCAAAUUAGACAAAGUUGACUGCAAAUAGCUGCAAAAAUGAAAAACAAACAAAAACUUAUGAAAAAGGUUCAGAAAUUGUGUUUCUGUUUUUUAGUAAUGUUUUAAUUUUUUAUUUCACUUGAUAGAGCUGCUUUUUGAUCUUGUUCUCACAAGUGUUUGCGAAGCGUAGCUUUGCCUCUGUGUAAAGCUUCCACACCUAGUUUGUCAUUAAGUAACAUUAUUAUUUUUAUAAAAUUAAUUGACCAUUUUCCAUCAAUUUUUAUAUAAGGAACUGGACUUGAUCGUAUAACUCGCUCGAAUUAAGCAUAAAUCUC